AUCGUCAAAUUUCGAGACAGCUGCUGCAAAACAAAGACAACUUGAUGACUUUAAUAACACUAAACGUUACCUUCAAGAUGACAUUCGAUGAGUGGGAAGAGAAGUAGAGUUCGGGUGAGGGGGACUCUGUUGGAGAUUGCACAAAGUGGCCGCGAUGGCCACCGUAUGGAAGGUGUAUCUGAAAUCGAUCCCGCAUCAUUGGGAAUUCCGCUAUCUGGCCAUUGCUGAUCGUCGUUCGAUUUGCGAUUGCGCGCGAGAUCUGCAGAUAUUUCUGCUUGAAACACAUCAGCAGCCAUGGCAGACUCUUUGUUUGAGCUGCUGGUGCCCCAUUUCACCUCUAGCGAUGGUUCAACCGCUCCCCAGUCCCCGAGUCAGAGUGCAACUACUGCUCAGUACCUCAACCGCAUCUCCACGCUCUCGCUACAGGCGUUGAAGAGUACAGAACCGCAGUCGCUGGCGCAAGCAUCACAUUCGACCGUUGUGUCGCUUCAGGCAUUGUCAAAUCGCUCCCACAAGAGCUUUGUUACCUCGGCAGACCACCUGUCGACUCUCCGCACGUCGAUUCCGAAGCUCACGCGUGAAGCACGCCAGCUGCGAGAUGCGAUCCCCAAGCUCGAUGAAGAAGCGGUGGGAUUCUCCAGGACAUAUACUAAGACAGCAGAGAAUGCAACGCUCGAGCGGCGGAAAAAGGCGAUGCAGCUAGCGAGAAACGUUGAUAGGCUGUCGGAUAUCCUGGAGCUGCCUACCCUGCUAUCGACAGCGGUAUCCUCUGCAGCCGCGAACUCCAUCACGGCCGGGGCUUCCUCAUCCUCCACGUAUUCAUCUGCAUUAGACCUCUACGCGCAUAUCAAACGACUGCAGACGCUAUACCCGGAGUCACCCUUGGUGAAGGAUGUGGCAUCCCAGGCAGAAGAGGCGAUGAAGGACAUGACGACAAAUCUCAUCACGGGUCUACGGUCACAAAACAUUCGGCUUGCGGCUGCGAUGAGGAUGGUAGGCUGGCUGCGGAGGGUAGCCCCCGAACUGGACGGCACAUCGGGUGAGUGCGAGGCUGCGGGUGCGCUGGGUGCACUCUUCCUGAUCUGUCGGCUGGCAAGUCUCGUGUCGACCCUCGAGGCGCUGGAGCCUUUGCGAGAUCUGGCGGAUCAGGAGACCCAGCGUCGAUCGAACAACGUCGAGAAGGAGCAAGGCUCCACGACCGGCACCAAUCUCUGGUCAGAAGGGCACCAAACCGAGAAAUACUUGAAACGCUACAUCGAGAUCUACCGUGAGCAGAGCUUUGCCAUUGUUUCUCUCUACAAAAGUAUCUUUGCCCCCGACCAUUCUUCCGAGCUGGAGCUUGCCGGCGUAGUAGGCGCGCGAGGGAUCGACGCGGCCCUUCGAGCGAAGACGUUGUCGCCACAGCAGCCAGAAAACACCCUUGACCCGCUGCUUGCCCACCCGUCCCCUCUAUCAACCUUCCCUACGCACAUGGUCCAGCUCCUUGCAGAGACCCUGCGUACCUACCUUCCAAACGUGCAGGACAAGAGCUCCCGCGAGAGCCUCCUCACCCAGGUGCUAUACUGUGCCGCCAGCCUGGGCCGUCUCGGAGGCGAUUUCAGCAUGAUCCUCACCGAGCUGAGCGAUUUGGACCCGGACAGCGAGGACAGUGCCAGCUACGAGUGGGAAGAGGUCAUCCGCAAGCACCGCGCCUUGGCAGGGCGCCUCGAACAGCUCACUAGCGGCAACGGCCCUGCCAGAAGCACGGCGCGAGUCACCUCUCCCAUCCAUUAACCACGCAGCCGCCUCUCUUCCCUCCACAAUCCCUCCCCGUUUCUUUAUCUUCGCUUUGUUUCUCCCUUUCUAUCCGGGGGGGG